AUAUUGCAGGAAGCAUUGAGCACUUCCACCUAAGAACUUUUGGACCAUGGGCGUCUGUAGGGUUCGCUCCAAGGGUGGGGAAUUUGGGCAGUAAUGAAGACAAGAUCUGACAUAACAGUUUAUUCAAAGCAGGUUAAGAAAAUAUGAUUGGCCAAUCUGUUGCUCCUCUUUAUGGAGGCUCAAACAGAAGAGAGAGGGAUGUGGUUACUCCCCACAACAUAUCCAUCCUCUUGUUUAUUGAAAAAUAUGCAAGACUGAGACCUAAAUAUUGGGAGCAUAGGCCUUCAGACUCAAGUAUAUCACACCCAGACAUCACUCCACAAGAACGUAAAGCAACUUGCCUCAUGACUGUGAGAUUGGUUCAGGGUGGGGACAUGGUGCUGUCUGAAUUACUACAGGUGUUAGAAUCUGCACCUCUUCUUCCUCACCACAUCACCUCUUUCAUGACAGCCUUACAUCAGAUGUAUUGCAGUGGAAUUGACAGCCUGUUAAAUCUCUUUGAUUCUGUGGAAAAGUUUGCUAUUCAAGAUCAACCUCGUACAGAAACUUUUCCAUGCCUGUGGACUAGUGUAGUCGGUCUCUAUUUACGUCGUCUGAAUCUGUCUUUUCGACGCCUGAGUUUUUCUCAGGUGACCUCACUCUACCAAAGGUUCAGACAUUACUAUGAAGAGUGCUAUGCAUCUCACAGUAGUCACUUACAGCAGAGUGCAGAUAUUCAAAUGACUGCAGAAGAAUCUAACAUUGCUGAUGACACUGACUCUGAUGCCAAAAUGGAGGAUAUGAUGGAAGAAACUAGGGAAGAUGAUAACGGGACUGAUCUCACCUUGUGCAGUGCUGAAGUUAUGGCCAUCAACUCCUCAGAUGUAGGAGAGUCAAGUGUUCAGCCUCCCCUGUUGUUACUUCCCCAGACUCAUCCAAGGGAUAUGGAGCCUACAAGUUCACAAGCAGGACACAGUACUCGACAGCAGGCAGAACUUUUCAUCAGUCAACAAACUUCAUUACUACAGUUCAGUGAGACAGCAGCAUUGUCUCCUCCAGAUUUGCAAGAAAAGAUCAGGCAGUUGGUGCGACAGAAUCCAGACCUUGCUGAAGCUCACUACCUCAGUUACCUGAACUGUGUUCGUGUAAAGGAAUUUUCUGGAGCGGUACACAGCCUCCUACGCACUUACGAUGGUCACCUAAUGCAACGGGACUCAGGCAGAAUGGAAGACCAAGGCAGAGGGUUUAGAUAUGCUGCAUUAAAUCUUGCUGCUCUUCAUGCACAAUUUGGCCAUAAGAAAGCUGGUCUAGCUGUACUCAAGGAGGCAAUCCGUCUAGCACAGGAGAGUAGCGAUCAUGUUUGCUUGCAACAUGCUUUAGCGUGGCUGUACACCUUAUCUCCUACUCAUAAGGCUCAGUUGAUGAGAAGAUCAAUGGUUAAAAGCUGUGAGCUAUCACUAAGUUACCUUCGUUCCUUGGGUCGCCUCAACCAUGCAGCACAACUUGCUCACACUCGAGCAACACCUGCAUAUCUUUUACAGAGCAUAGUGAGAGCUGAGGCACUAAAUUGUCAGCACAGCUUAGUGUCCCUGCAACAUGGAGCUUGGGCAUUACGAGCAGCACUGUGGGCCAAUUGGGGGGUGUCCACCAUGACCUCCUUAGCUUCACAGUUGCUCCUGCACCUAAACACUCACCAUCCUACAAAUCCAACAACAUUCUACUCUGCUCAGCCUACAUGUGCUGCCAUAUGCAAUAUAGCCAUGGGACUUGCAAAUUUGGGUGAAUACCAGUUAGCAGGUGAAGUAUUACAACAUGCUCAAGAAAGGUUCCCUGCUCAUGGACAACAUUCUCACACCUGGAUGUUUGCUCAUGCUCACAUUACACUUACGGACUUGCUUCACCAGGGGCGAUGGACAGAGGCACAAAUUGUUAUUACCAACAUGGCAACAUCCCACCCUACAGAAGCUAAAUUGAGACAGUGUGAACUGUUGGUGGCCAAAGGUGAGCUGACAGAGGCAUGGGAACUUCUUGGUGAAUUACAGAAAGACCCAGAAGUUGUUGGAGAGCUGCGGGUGAGACUACUGCUAGUAGAGAGUUGUGCUGCAGUUGCUGGUGGAGGGAAUGCUGUUGCUGUACCUUUAUUAGUGGAGGGUAUCACCACUGCACAUGAGCAUCAUCUGACUUAUUUGGCAGCACUUACACACCUGCAUUUAGCUAAUGUUCAGCUACAGUUAGGUCUUCAUAAAGAGGCUGAGGUGAGUGUUGCUGGAGGCCUGGGUGUGAUUCUGGCAGGUGGUUCAGUAUAUGAUCAAGCACGAGCUAGACUGGUAGCAGCUAAGCUUCAGGUUAGUAAAGCAAAGGGGAAAGAUCGAAUAGGAAAGCUCUUAGAAACUGCGGUGUCCCUUGAGCUGGUGCGGAAGCUGUUCAUGAAAGUGAGAGCCUACCAAAAAGUAAGGGAGACUCUAUAUUUCAAGGCUCGUCUGUAUCACGAGGUGGGUUACAUAGAAGAACGAAAUAAAUGUGCUCUGGAAUUUCGCCAGUUUGAGCUACAACAACCUUGCCAGUCUUAUCAGCUUUCUAUUAACUCAUUUUAAGAUUAUUGAAAAGCAAAUACAUGAAAGUAUUUGUUGGAUGAAAGUUGUAUUUUUUAAUAUAAUAUAUUUGCAGUA